GCUACCCUAAAGAUGUAGCUUUACAUGGAGAUCAAAUUCGGAAAUAUGUACUGCUGCCCUGCUCGCUCGUGACUGGAUCAAAAAUAUUGGAGCACCGUUACUGAUAAGUUUGUUUUCCUUCCCCGUGUGUCUUAUUGUGAGAGAGAGAGAGAGAUAAAGAGAGAGAGAGAGAGAAAGAGAGAGAGCGAGGGAGAGAAAGAAAGUGAAAGAGAGAGAGAGGCGGUGGGAACGAGGAACCACAACUGAUCCUUUUCCCCAAAGUCGGCUGAAGAAGAUUAUUUUGUGUGGGUGCAUGCGUGAGUUGUGGGGGGGUUUUGAUGCUACUUGCAAGGACUGUGGGCUGUGCACACGCAAUCUUCAAAGAAGAUUUUUUUCUCUCCUGUUGUUGCAAGUGACAGUUAUUUAAUGCAAAGAAUCCCGUCCGGGGAAAGACUGUACAAUGGAGGAAGUCGAUUGUAAGUAAAGCACCGCGAUAUUUAAAAUAAAAAACAGCAACAAUAUCCUUCAUUAGAGACCGAUUGUUCGCUCAACAUCAAAGGGGCGGAACAAAAUUAAUAUUUGCGAAAAUAUUAUCACACAAUUUGAUACUUUAAAAAAAUCUUCGUUCAAUACAUUGUGGAGAGAGGGAGAGGAAGGAAACUAAAGGACAGUGAAGGGUGGCUUAUAACCGAAAGAUGAGUUUAGUUGGAGGAUUUCCUCAUCACCCUGUGGUACACGAUGGUUAUCCUUUCGCCGCGGCCGCAGCAGCAGCGGCCGCCAGCCGCUGUCAUGAAGAGAGCCCCUAUUUCCACGGUUGGCUCAUCAGUCACGCCGAGAUGUCCCCGCCAGACUACACCAUGGGUCCUAACUACAGCCCCGAGUACGCGAACGGCGGCGGCGGCCUGGAUCACACGUCGUACGGGGCAGUUUCCUCGGCGGCGGCGGCGGCAGCGGCGGUGGCUGCGGGCACCAGACCGACCAAGCGCAGGGGGACGGCCAAUCGCAAGGAGAGGCGCAGGACUCAGAGUAUCAACAGCGCCUUCGCCGAGCUGCGGGAGUGCAUCCCCAACGUGCCCGCGGACACCAAGCUAUCCAAGAUCAAAACCUUGCGCCUAGCCACCAGUUACAUCGCCUACCUCAUGGAUCUCCUGGCCAAAGAUGAGCAGAACGGAGAGACUGAGGCCUUCAAAGCGGAAAUCAAAAAAGUCGAUGUCAAAGAGGAAAAGAGGAAGCGAGAGUUGAAUGAAGUUCUGAAGAGUACAGUCAGCAGCAGCGACAAGAAGACAAAGGGACGGACUGGUUGGCCGCAACACGUCUGGGCUUUGGAACUGAAACAAUGAAAGAUUGAACCUGACCUUAGAAGGUGGGGGACAAGAGACGUACAGAUUUGUUUCCCCGAGUAUUUGUCACGCAAACUUUCGCACGUCGACAGAAGCUAUAUAUGUUGAGAAUCAACUUUAUUUAUAUGUGCAAUUUACCCAAACCCUAGAGAGAGAGAGGGAGUGCGGGAUGUUGGAAGAAAACCCAUUUCACUAUGGAAGAGAAAGGCCGAGUUGGUAAGGGGUUGUGUUGUUUCAUAGUAGAUGUGAAUGUUGUUCUCCCGUUCCUCCUUUUUUAAAUGUGUUAAAAACGUUUAUAGCACGCACACACACACACACAACAUAUUUCUCGGUAAAGAAUUAUGUAUGUGCAGCCUAUCUUUCAAAGUACCUGGCAGGUCUUUUUGAGGUAUAAAUAUUCAAGAUUUGUUUUUCUAAUAUUGUAUUGGGACGAAAAGUAGGUGUACCAAAGUGCAAUUUGGUCACGUUAGUGUGCCGCAUUUAGUAUUACGUUGUUGUGUUGUGGUCUUGCAGUAUUUCGUUCGGUUAUUUUCCAAUAAUUGUUUGAUUUGUGCACUUCCGUCCAAAAGGUGGAGAUUAAUAUUGGAGAUGUAAACGUUGUAAUUAUUGUCAAUAAAAAAAAACACUUUUUUAAUAAAAACUAUACACAUA